AUGGAUCUCGCGGAUAUCCCGUUCGACGUGCCAGUGAUUAUUCAGUCGGUGCGCAAGCAGAAGAAUCUGCAAAAUCCUGUCGGGACCAAGAAGGCUCGCUGUCUCGUGGACAACCGAGACAUCUACGAGCAGAUGAUCUUGCGUCGCCAACCUAACGACAAGGCCGCGAUUCAGUCGGUGCGCAACGGCCGCUUCCUCCAAGUUCGAGCGAACGGAAGCUGCGAUUGCGUCUUUGAUCCAAAGAGCGACGGGCAGUGGGAACACUUCACCAUGGAAUGCGACGCUGACGGCAACCUGCAUUUCAUUUCGUGCCAUACUGGAACCGCUCUCAUCUGCAACGACAAAGGCGUCGUCAAGUGUCCGAGUGAGAAUCAAUACUACUGGGCGGCGUGGAGGAUCGUGGAGCCGCGAGCUGUCGUCACCCUCGUGCAGGUUGCUCCUGCUCAGCACCACGCUCUCGCUGGGAAAGAGCGCCAGAGCUUUAUACUGGAGCUGGUGAAGUGCGGAAAGUCGACGGGGGAGAUCGAACAGAUCGUGACGCGCAUGUUCGACGCGAUACCGAGUCGCAGCGCGGUUUUUGCUGUUCCAGUCGAAAAGAGAGAAGUUGUUGUCGAAAAGAAGGAAAGAGUGGACAAGAAGACCCCAAGCUAG